UCCUACAGGACCCUGGUUCAAAGCGCCCGUCUCUGCCCAAAUAGCAAUCCCAAAAAGAAGAGGAAGACUAGGUACAGUGGUCUUCCUCGUAUCCUGUCGGCACUUAUCCGUUCUUGCCUAAGCAUCUACUCCCACAACUUACCAUGGCCCUGGGUAAUCCGGGAUCCGGGUCGACACUACUGAACGUCUUUAUCGCGUUCGCUGCUGUGGCGAUAUGGUCCACCGUUCCCUUAACCAUCCGCCUACUCACGACACUCAAACGGCGUCGAGGCGUAUACUUCUACUCCAUCCUCGUCACAUCCUGGGGCCUCUCCAUCCGACAAGUCGGCGACGUCCUCCAAUUCCUCGUCCCGUCCUGUCCAUGGAUCCUCAGCAACGGCCUCGCGCAGGGUGGAUGGGUGGCCAUGGUCUCUGGUUUCUCCAUGGUGCUCUACUCACGGCUGAACAUCAUUUUGGAGAGCCUGAGGAUGCGCCGCGUUGUUCUAGCCAUGAUCGUUACGAAUGGAGUAGUCUUCCAUAUCGCUAUGAUCACGUUGUCGAUCGGCCUGGCUGCUCUAAGUCAUGGUGAUCGCCAUGAGAAAGCGCAAACUCCGGCAUGGAGGCGGGUUUUCCAGCCCAUGGAGAGAGUGCAGAUUAUCGUGUUCUCGGCUCAAGAAACGGCGAUUUCGUUCUUCUACGUACGUGCCGCGUACCAGUACCUUAAGAGCCGGUUUGCGCAGCGCGGGAAGACGCAGAGAGCCAUGUUUCUGCUUCUGCUGGUCCAGGUCAUCAUCAUCGCGAUCGAUAUCGCCCUUAUCGCUAUCGACUUCGCCGGACUUCUGCAGUUGAAGUUGUUCAUUCAUUCGUUUGUUUACUCGGUUAAGCUAGAGCUGGAGUUUGUGGUGCUCAAUCAGUUGGUGGAACUGUCGCAGCUCGGCGUACCGGGCAUUCCGUCGUUCUCGAUGGCUCUGCGAUCUGAGCACAGCGGAGAAGCGAUCGUGAAAAUGCCAGCUUGGACUCCGGAGUCGCCGGACCCGGGCCCGGAGUCAGUCAGAUCAGAGAAAUCAGAGCGUAAUCUGGAGUUCAUCACUGAACCGGGAUCGAGAGACGAAUCUCAUAAUGCUCACGUCUUAAGCAUGCCUCGAAUUGGCACCAUACCGAGCGCCUGACCAGCGAUCCGUUCGCAAUAUUCCA